GGGGGGAGGGAGGCGAGGUCUCCGCCCGGCGGCCGCCCCGCCGAGAGCGCCGCUCCUGCCCCGGCGGCCGCCGUCCUUCCUUUCUUGUCUAGAGUCCAAGAUGUGUGAUGGCAUCAGCCAUGAAGACUGAGCAGCCCGCCCUGGAAAUCUUUGAGACGGCAGAGCGCAAAGAAAAUGUGGCAGCGCCCGAGGAGACCGCCAAGCUGGAGCCGUACUAUGUGGAGAGAUACUCAUGGAGUCAUCUGAAGAAGCUCCUGAUGGACACAAGGAAGUACCACAGCUGCCUGAUGGCCAAGGCGCCCCACGACUUCACAUUUGUGAAGAGGAACGAUCCGGAAUGUCCAUAUUCAGACCGGGUGUACUACCUGGCCAUGUCCGGUGAAAACAGGGAAAACACACUUUUUUAUUCAGAAAUCCCCAAAGCCAUAAAUAAGGCUGCCACUCUUAUGCUGUCCUGGAAGCCUCUUCUGGACCUUUUCCAGGCCAGCCUGGAUUAUGGGAUGUACUCGCGUGAGGAGGAGUUGCUGCGGGAGAGGAAGCGCAUUGGCACCGUUGGGAUCGCCUCCUAUGAUUAUCACCGGGAAAGCGGCACGUUUUUAUUCCAAGCCGGCAGCGGGAUCUACCAUGUCAAAGAUGGUGGCCCAAAUGGCUUUACGAAACAGCCUUUGCAGCCCAAUCCGGUUGAGACAAGUUGCCCCAAUAUUCGGAUGGAUCCGAAGAUCUGCCCUGCAGACCCAAACUGGAUUGCCUUUAUCCAUAGCAACGAUAUCUGGAUCUCCAAUCUGGCAACCAAAGAAGAGCGGAGGUUAACCUUUGUGCAUAAAGAAUUUGGCAACAUCGAAGAGGACCCAAAAUCUGCUGGUGUUGCUACCUUUGUGCUACAGGAGGAGUUUGACAGAUACACAGGCUACUGGUGGUGCCCAGGGGCUGAGCCAAUUGUCGGCGGAGGAAAAAUUCUUAGAAUUCUGUACGAAGAGAAUGAUGAGUCGGAGGUGGAGGUCAUUCACGUCACAUCCCCCAUGUUGGAGACGAGGAGAACGGAUUCUUUUCGGUAUCCCAAAACAGGCACUGCAAAUCCCAAAGUCACUUUCAAGUUAUCUGAAAUAACGGUGGAUGCUGACGGCACAGUUUUGGACGUUGUUGACAAAGAACUGGUCCAACCCUUUGAAAUCUUAUUCGAAGGGGUAGAAUAUAUUGCCAGAGCGGGAUGGACCCGAGAAGGAAAAUACGCGUGGGCCAUCUUGCUUGACCGUUCUCAAACCCGGCUUCAGAUUGCUCUGCUCCCCCCAACGUUAUUUAUCCCCAUGGAAGAUGAUGCCAUGGAGAGACAGAAAUUAAUUGAUGCCGUGCCUGACUCAGUUACCCCGUUCCUCGUUUAUGAAGAAACAACAGACAUCUGGAUAAAUAUCCAUGAUAUCUUCCAUGUUUUCCCCCAAACUUGUGAGGAUGUAAUAGAAUUCAUCUUUGCCUCUGAGUGCAAAACAGGAUUCCGACAUCUGUACAAAAUCACCACUGUUUUAAAGGAGAGCAAAUACGAACGGUCCUCCGGGGGACUUCCAGCUCCAAGUGACUUCCUAUGUCUUGUCAAAGAAGAACUGCCCCUUACCAGUGGGGAGUGGGAAGUGCUUGGCCGACACGGCUCAAACAUCCGGGUGGAUGAAGUUAAAAAACUGGUGUACUUCGAAGGUACAAAAGAUUCUCCCUUGGAACACCACUUAUACGUUGUUAGCUACGAGAAACCUGGAGAAAUUAAGCGGCUGACCGAACGUGGUUUCUCACAUGCUUGCUGUGUUAGUCAGAACUGUGACAUGGUUGUAUGUAAAUUCAGUAACCAGAAAUGCCCCCAUCAGGUCUCCCUCUACAAGCUGACUGGCCUGGAAGACGAGAUUGCUCACAAGUCCAAGGAAUUCUGGGCCACCAUUUUGGAUUCUGCAGGAUCUCUCCCAGAUUAUGUCCCCCCUGAGAUUUUCUCUUUUGAGAGCUCCUCAGGAUUUGUGCUUUAUGGGAUGAUGUAUAAGCCCCAUGAUUUACAACCUGGGAAGAAAUACCCCACAGUGCUUUUCGUCUAUGGGGGCCCACAGGUGCAGCUUGUCAACAACCGCUUCAAAGGGGUAAAAUAUUUCCGGCUGAACACGCUGGCUUCCCUGGGCUACGUGGUAGUGGUGCUGGACAACCGAGGCUCCUGCCACCGGGGGCUGACAUUUGAGGGUGCCUUUAAAUAUAAGAUGGGACAAAUUGAAAUUGGUGACCAAGUGGAAGGCUUGCAGUAUUUGGCUUCCCAAUACGAGUUCAUUGAUUUGGACCGGGUUGGCAUCCAUGGUUGGUCCUAUGGUGGAUUUCUUUCCCUUAUGGCAUUGCUGCAGAGGCCAGAGAUCUUCAAGGUUGCAAUUGCCGGCGCUCCGGUUACGUUGUGGCUCUUCUACGACACGGGUUACACAGAGCGUUACAUGGGGCACCCGGAUAAUAACGAACAGGGCUAUUGUUUGGGCUCGGUAGCCAUGCAGGCAGAGAAAUUUCCUUCGCAGCCCAACCGAUUGUUGCUGCUGCAUGGAUUCCUGGAUGAAAACGUUCACUUUGCACAUACUAGUAUUUUGCUGAGCUUCCUGGUCAGGGCUGGAAAACCCUAUGAUCUCCAGAUUUAUCCGCAAGAGAGGCACAGCAUCAGGGUCCCUGAAUCUGGAGAACACUAUGAACUUCAUCUCUUGCACUACCUCCAGGAAAAUCUGGGAUCGCGCAUGGCUGUGCUGAAGGUGAUGCCGUAAUGCCGCCCCCAGGAGUUCUCAGCAUGACGCGUCCACAGCUGCUUAACCAAACAUGAGCGCUUGAAUGGUGCAUCCCUUCCUGGUGCCUGCUUCUAACCGAGAAAGAAAUCCAUCCACUGCCUUGCCUGAUGAUCUUUCAAAAGUCUGCCCAGUGCCAUACAGGAGAUUACUGUACAGCAGAUGAAUAAUUUUAAAUGUAAAUAAUAAAAUAGAUGGCUGUACUGUC